AUGAGGCUGCUCUUCUCCUUAUUUUGCCAUGCAGCCAUGGCUUGGAUAGCCAGACGGGAGAACCAGAACCAAGGAACUGAACCAACCAGAGAGGGGGUUGUUUUGUCAUCUCAUUCGCUGCCAAAGAAAUUUUACACCGGACAGCUCCAAGAGGAAUCAAACUGCUAUAUUGCAUACGUGAAGCUAGCUGAACUAUGUGGUAUGGCAUCGGAGAAGCAGCGAACAUGGCUAGCAACACUCCUUACAAACUGUCAUCUCGAAGGAGCUGGGAGAAAAACCAUUCAGUGGCACCCGGAGCACGCUUUACGCGAUGUCUCUCCCCAAGAGUACUCGCUUGUUAGUCGGUAUAUUCCGUUGAUAUCUGAUAUUUGUGACCGUACGGGUAAUGCGCACCAUCUUGCAAUGUUUCAAAUGAGAGUUGAUCACGAUAAAAAGCUAUGGGCCAACAUUGCGGAACUUGAGGAGGCUGUUACGAAAGCAACCGAGGUGAACUAUGAUUCCGAACGUCUCUUCUCUCGAUUUGAUAAGGUCGCUGAAGAUGCCUUGACGCGCACAAAACACUUGGAAGAUUUAACGACGCAUUUGGGUGCUGCAACGAAGGAACUUAACCAGGAACACAAGGAACUUCGAAUGAUUCAGAAUGACAUUCAAGACUCCAUGACAGCACUAAGUGAAGAAAAACGCGCUUUGGCUGCCAGUGCUUUGAACUUUGCGCAGGUGGCAUCUGAAAAGAUCCUCAGUGUUGAAGAAUCAAUAGAAUUCAGAAAUUCUUACAACGAACUGCUUACGAAAUAUGCUACGUUGAAAGAGAAUAUCCAUCGCGAAACCCAUAAAGAAUCUAUGAGCGAGCUGGAGUCCAGGGAUCAUUUAUGGCAAAGAAUCUUUCCAUUCCGACAAAGUUCGGGGCUCGUUGCCGGUGUUUGGUUUGAAAUCAUUCCGAGACUUCUGUGGACAUCACUGAUGGCCCCUUUUCGAAUGACAAGGAUUCUGGAAUCUCUGAGGAUGAGCGGUAUGCUAAGUGGGCAGGGCGAGAGCAUAAUUGUAGCGAUGCAAAUAAUAUUUAGUUUCAUUGGAGUCAUUCUAUGUUAUCGGGUGAUAGUGACACUGAAAACUUUGGCUGCAAAUGGAAGUUCCUUGCGGGACUUUCUCGACGGAUCGCUCCAAACCUUGAAGGCCCUCACAUCUCACCUGAGAUCUGUCUACGACAGAAGAAGUGGAGAACAUAGUAUGCGACGAAAGCAAGCUAUUGUCGUUUCUGAAGAGGACAAAAAAGUCCUGUUGCUGGAGCUUAUGAAGAUUGCUGACACUUUGCUGGACGAGAGGCUUCAGACUUACCUUGCCCAAUGUAUACAAUCUGUACCGAUAGAUGCGGCGCUUACGGACAAGUUGAAAGAGUUUCUACAAGCGUACGACAAAGAGAUAUCUAAGAAAAUAUGUCGAAUUGAGAAGCGACAAAUAAUCAUCUUCCAACAACUUAGGGAGGCGCAGGAGACGACAUCCCUGGCGUAUUCAAAAGACACCGGACAAAGCAUGAGGCGGUCCAGGACGGACGCCAGUGCAGGGGCAACUCGGUUGGGAGCGUCUCGACGACCUGGAUCAGAAAAGGUAUAA